UCGCGAUCGUCUUCGAGGUCCAACGGAGACGAGUGGUCCGAUGUCAAGGACCCCAACGAGAGGCGUAAAAUCCAGAACAAGCUAGCUCAGCGGAGGUUUCGAGACAAGGUCAGAGAGCAAAAGGAAGAUGCAGAACGGGAGGGAGAAAACCAAAGACGGGCAGGCAGUGCGUAUGCCUCACCCGAACCGGGCGACCUCGAUCCUGGUCGCGAGCUAUCUGGGCUCCCUUGGGGAGGAAUAUCGAUGCGGCACAUUGUCGAGACGGGGAAGACGAAAGAGCAGCACUCACAGCAAAGCUCUCGUGAGAACUCAGUCUAUGCCGCCGCUUCAAGGACAGGAGGGAGCUCGCGUAGACUUGGGCUACGACUCACCGAUCAAUUUGCUCGAGGGUAUCCUGCAUGGCGGUAUUUCCCUUACGGUCACCCCGGC